UUAAGAAUGAUGAAGUCAACUUCUUCACAUCAUCUUGAAUGGAGCUUAAAUAAAUCACAUUGUGAGAUCAGCCAGAAAGAGAAGGAUGAAUAUGGGAUGAUCUCCCUCAUGGGCAGAAGCUGAGAAAUAAGAACAGGAAGGGGAAACACAAAGUAGAACUUGGGCUGGCUUUGGUAUAUUGCACCAAGGCAAAGUACUCUGAAGAGAGUGGGGAUAAAGGGGUUUUCAGGUCCUGGUGCAUGAUGGUGGGGGGGACCUAGGCUGGGGGUGAGACAUUAUAGCCAUAGGUCAACAAUUGUACUUACUGUAAACCACUAAUCCCAAUAAAAAGGAAACAUUUUCCCUGCCCCCCCCCCCCAAAAAAAAAAAGAAGGAAAGAAAGAGGAAAAUCACAGAGUCAGAGACAUACCUCAGCUUGCCACAUGUGCAGCACAGGGCCAAGCACUGGCAUCAUAAGGAGGAACUGUGCCACUGGAGGAAGCUCCAUUGCUGUGGUGUCUGUUCUCUGCAUCUCUGUGUCUGUCUGGAUGAAAAGGUGGCUUGGAGUGGUAAAAUCGUACAUGUUCUAGCUCCACAAAAGUAUAAAAUAAAAUAAAAUUGAAAAAACAACACAACUAGGAUUUGAAGCUUGGCAUUUAAUUCCCGAAUCCAGGUUGUUUGCCUGUACCAUUGUUCAACCAGAAAAAAAGGAAUAGACAGCCAUUAACUUCUAACCCACUUAAAAAUGAUCCAGGUAUCAGUGCUACUUUGGAAAGUUAUGAUUUCCCUCCUCUACCAACAGAUUGGGCCUGGGACAUUAUGAAUCCUGAGGUACCUCCUUUAAAGGAAGCAGUGAACACAGGGCAAAUAGCACAUUCAGUUGCUCAUCCCCUGAGAAGUCAAGAUACUGCUUUGAAGUCUAUUCAGUCAAGUACUGAAAAAGGCAAGAGUGGUUGCCGAGAUGGCAACAAAAAUACUGGCUUGAAAACCUGGGAUAGAAAUGAUUUUAGACCUCAGUGUACAAGAACAAACCUAGUUGCAAAUGAUGGAAUAAACCCCUGUCCAAGGAAUUUUGGAUUUCAGCAACAGGAGCAAUCAAGACUAUCUGAACCUCCUAAGUUGUCUCACCAGAGAGAAACUAAAGUACUCCAACUAAUACAAUCAUCAAAAACAUCUGGCUCCACAAUGAGAAGUCUAGAUAAAAACAGUGCAUUCCAGGCAAUUAAGCCAGAUUUUCAGCAAAAUCAGUACAAGAAAAAAGUGCUGAGUGUUACUGCAGAAAAAGACACUGUCCAGGAAACCCCAUUGUACCAGUUACAAUUUAAGGAAAAAGAUAAUUCUUUAAGAAUUAUAUCUGCAGUUAUUGAAAGCAUGAAGUACUGGCAUGAGCAUGCACAGAGAACCAUACUUCUUUUUGAAAUUUUGGCUGUUCUUGAUUCAGCCGUUAUACCUGGUCCAAGUUAUUCAAAGACUUUUGUUAUGAGAGAUGGAAAAAGUACUCUGCCUUGUGUAUUUUAUGAAAUAGAUCGUGAACUUCCAAGACUGAUUAGAGGACGAGUUCAUAGAUGUGUUGGAAACUAUGACCAGAAAAAGAAUAUUUUCAAAUGUGUUUCUGUCAGACCAGCAUCUGUUGCUGAACAAAAAACUUUUCAAGCAUUUGUCAAAAUUGGAGAUGCUGAGAUGAAAUACUGUGCCAAAGUAAUGAAUGAAAUGUAAAUGGUGUUGAAGGAAGUUUAACUGUAACCAAGCAUUUUUAUUACUGUUUAAGUGACCAUAUUCAUAGUUUUAUAGCUCUUGUUUUUCACUUGUUUGAUUAAAAUAUUUAAAUCUUUUAAA